GGAGGAGGAAGCAGGAGGAGGAAGCAGCAGAAGCAGGAGGAAGCAGCAGCAGGAGGAAGUAGCAGCAGGAGGAGGAGGAAGCAGCAGCAGGAGAAGGAGGAAGCAGCAGGAGCAGCAGGAGGAGGAGGCAGCAGGAGAAGCAGGAGGAAGCAGCAGCAGGAGGAGGAAGCAGCAGCAGGAGGAGGAAGAGAAGCAGGAGGAAGCAGCAGCAGGAGGAGGAAGAGCAGCAGGAGAAGGAGGAAGCAGCAGCAGGAGGAGGAGGAAGCAGGAGGAGGAAGAGCAGCAGGAGAAGCAGGAGGAAGCAGCAGCAGGAGCAGCAGGAGGAGGAGGAAGCAGGAGGAGGAAGAGCAGCAGGAGAAGCAGGAGGAAGCAGCAGCAGGAGCAGCAGGAGGAGGAGGAAGCAGGAGGAGGAAGAGCAGCAGGAGAAGCAGGAGGAAGCAGGAGCAGCAGGAAGUAUCGGCGCGUCCGCGAGUGCCGCCGCGCAUGGGGCCGCCUGCGGGUUGUCGCGGGGGCACGGGCGCCGUGGCGGCCUCGGCUCCUCUCCGCCGCCGCCGCCCAUGGACCGACUGACGGCCGUGGCGGGCUGUCUCUUCGUCGCCGCCGACGUCUUCGCCGUCGUGAGCCUCGUCAACCCCGACUGGAUCAACACGGGCACCACCCCAGACGCCUUCACCAUCGGGCUGGCGCGCCAGUGCCAGACGAUCCGCGGGCGCGAGCGAGCGUGCACGCCGCCCCGGCUGCCCGCCGAGUGGCUGCUGGCGCUGCUGAUGAUGGUGUGCGGCGUGGCACUGCUCACGGCUGCCUGCGCCCUGCUGCUGCUGUCGCGCUGGCGCCGCGACCUCGCGGUGCACGCCCGCUGGAUCGCCUUCGCCGCCAUGGUCCUCUUCUGCAUCGCGGCCCUCAUCUUCCCCGUGGGCUUCUACGUGGAGGAGGUCGGAGGGCAGCCCUACAAGCUUCCCAACAACGCCCAGGUGGGCUCUUCCUACGUGCUCUUCAUCGUCUCCAUCUUCUUCACCAUCGUGGGCCUGCUGUUCGCCGGGAAGGUGUGCCUGCCGGGGUGACGCGCGGGGCUGCUCCGGCCUACGCCUGCAACCACCCCGCACCCUUCCCUCCCCUCCUGCCGCUGCCGCCCGCCGGGACGUGCGAGGCCACAGCUCCGCCCUUUCCGCACGGGGCGAGGAGAGCGGAGAGCGGCUGCGGGCGGCGGUUUUACGCGGAACUCUGCGGGCAAAGAAAAAAAAAGGACCGAACUCCCGCCAAAGCGAGCGUCGCGAUCUCCCCCUCCCCCCUCGGAGUGGCUACCGUUCCCUGCAGCCUCCGGCGAGACUCAAGACUAAAAGACUCGCGCUCGGAGCCAGUUCCAAAGCAGUAGUGGGGAGAGGGGGGGGGGGAUGGGUAAAAGGACAGGCACUCCGUGUCGCUCCAAAGGAAACCCCCGCCCAGAAUCUUAUUUUUUAUUUAUGUAGCGCCUUGUCCAAGGUGCUGAAGAAGGAAUUAGAAAUGUGUACAGUCGAAUGCGUGUGUUGUUAUGUGUGUUGAACGUCUUUCGCACUGUACGUAGGCCACCGCGCUAAAUGGAGGUGUGCGGGAAUAGUGUGACGAGAUGAGUUGACGCGUUGAAGGAUGGUGAGUAGCGUGACGAAUGUGACAGUGACACAAACGAUGAUGAACGCGACAGUGAGUGGUUGAUGAUGAUGAGUGAGUGUGAUCGAUGGGUCGGGACGUUGGGAAGAGGGAUGGAGUUAGUGAUGGGGAAGGCUGGUGGUGGUGAGGAUUUAAGAAAUGUGGCACCGUUGUUGUAACUGCCACGACCCAGGAGAUGAAAGUGAACCGGAGACCUCUGGGUUGCAAGUCCAGCACGCUGCUGACCGUCGCUGCUGACCGUCGCACCGCUGUGGCCACGUUGACACCACUGCAGGCUCAGUGCUUUAACCUAAAUCCUCACCACCACCACCACCACCGCAGCGUCUGUCCACCCAGCAGCGUUCAAUGGGUUCCGCCGCAGUCGAUCGGCAGGCCCACGUCCGGCCGGUGUGGAAGAGUAGGCCAAAAACACCCUCCUACAGGAGGGGGAGGGGGGUGGGGCGCUCCUUCUGGCAGAGACUCUUCCCGCACUGCGAGCCCAGGAGGAGGUUGGCUGCUCUGGUGCACCGGGUUUUUCUCGGACUUCAUUUCAAGAGAGGAAUAUUUUACGUCAAGGCUCUCCCCCCACAGAAUUCCUCCCCGCGGAUGAUCCUGCAGCGCCCAGCGGAGUGGCGGCGGCGGCGGCAUGCCCCUCGUUUGGCUGUCGUGCGGCUCAGUGAGCCGUGCGGCUCCGUGAGCCGUGCGGCUCCGUGAGCCGUGCGGCUCAGUGAGCCGUGCGGCUCCGUGAGCCGUGCGGCUCCGUGAGCCGUGCGGCUCAGUGAGCCGUGCGGCUCCGUGAGCCGUGCGGCUCCGUGAGCCGUGCGGCUCAGUGAGCCGUGCGGCUCCGUGAGCCGUGCGGCUCAGUGAGCCGUGCGGCUCCGUGAGCCGUGCGGCUCCGUGAGCCGUGCGGCUCAGUGAGCCGUGCGGCUCCGUGAGCCGUGCGUCGGGAUGCCUCUCGCGUCGGUCGCCUGCCACGGCAGCGGUGGAGCCGGUACCCCGAGUUACUUCUUUGCCAAAUCUGCCUUUUAGCCGAUGCGUUCAGCGUUCGCCGGUGUCACCUGCGCUGUGGGUGUGUCUCUGUGUGUGCGUGUCUCUGUCUGUGCGUGUCACUGUCUGUGCGUGUCGCUGUCUGUGCGUGUCUCUGUCUGUGCGUGUCUCUGUCUGCGCGUGGUGUCUCUGUGUGUGUGGUGUCUCUGUCUUGCUCUGAAUUAGUCGAGCGGCAAUAUCUUCUUACCGGUUGCGUAAUGCUGUAUGGAAGCUACCUGGUCUGUCGCUCCGCACGAAGCUUCAGGUCUUUUCAGCCACAGUCAUUCUCUCUACACUUGCGAAACGUGGAUCCCCCUAAUGGAACAUCUUCGCCAGUUAGAAACAUUUAGGCUGGCCUGCCUAUGAUCCAUCCUGGGUUUAACCAGACUGGAUUGUGUGAGGAGCUCAUAAAUCCUUGAAAGAUCAGGGCAAAGUCCCAUCGGUGAGCUCCUCCGGCAGGCAAGGCUGCGUUGGCUGGGUCAUGUAGCCCGCAUGCCCAGCCACUGCAUGCCUAAACAGCUUUUGUUCGGCCGGAUCGAGGGGGCUAAACUGGCGCGGCACGGGCUAGAGAAGCAAUAGAGUGAUGUGGUACAGGAGGAUGUGGAGCUGAGUGGAAUUGCCGAUGACUGGUACCAGCGGUGUCAAGAUCGGCCUCUGUGGAGAAGGCUCGUGAAGGACGCUGCUACUGGGCAGUUGGAGGCAGUCGCCCUCAACGGAGGGGCGAGGAACGACGCUCACAACAACGAGCGGAGUGCCUGGUGGCUAAAGCACAGCAAGUUGGCACAGUAGGGGGCACAGGUGGAGCAUCGGCCAGUCAUCUCAGUCGACCCGUGGCACCUGGGUCUGCCUCGUGACUUCCUGCCAGCAGGCGUUCGACACUUCACGUGGCCUCAACGUGCACCUAGCCUGGCACAAGCGUCGUGGUGACGUCGCUGCUACUUAGUGGCGAAUGGCGGUUGUUGUUGUUGCUGUCUCUGUCUGUGCGUGUGGUGUCUCUGUGCGUGUCUCCGUCUCUCGAUCUCCGUGGUUGCGGCAGUGGGAACAUUUAACGACGAUCGCUCCAUUUGGAGCUGCGAACCACAGAAGUCAGGCAGACGAAGUCAUAAUCUGUAUUCAUCCUGGAGAAAUCCGAUGAGCUAUGAAGCUCUUUCUCACAGAUCUCCAGUAGGGGGCGGGUGUUCCCAGAUCCACGCUCUCGCACCUCCGAUCAGCACGGCUGACUACGUACGGCGCGAAAGAAGUUCAACGUAUAAUCCGCCGCAGAAUGCCGCACAGUGUUACACGUCGCACUUUCAAACGGAUUUAAACGUCGCACGAUCGUGCUAUGAGAUAGAUUUUUAUUUUCGACGGAGGAUCCUUUGCAAACGUGAAAAGUUAUCGGACACACGCCGCUCUUUUGAAAUUCAUUUUUUUAAUUGGCGUUUUAGUUUAGCGUCGGUCACGGCAAGACUUUCGUCCCGUCUCCCCGGAGGUUUGCUUUUGCUGUGAAUUAUCUCCAAAACCCCGCGUUAGUACUUUGCGGGGAAGUCGGAAAUGUGUCCUCGCGUUAUUGUACAGGAGAGGCAUUGAGGAUGGGUGAACGGGUGUCAGGAGUGGGACGCACGGUCAUUGCUGCAGGAGACGCGUUCCUGAAAGAAGCGAAAAAUUUCCCCAUAAAUAACGUCACGAUAAAGUCUGGCGAGAUACGGUGUGCUACUACUACGCCUACGACGAUGCACACACGCACAGUGAGAUGACAUGUAACCCAGCGUACGCCGCCGCGUUACUGUAUCACUGUACCGCUCGGAUGCGCAACUCAAGAAAGUAUUUCGUCGUCGGCUGCACGUUCCGCGUUAUAUCGAUGCGCGUUAUGCAUUAUAUCGGUGUGCGUUCCGCGUUAUAGCAGUGCGCGUUAUAACUGUGCACGCUCUCCGCCGUUGAACGGCGCGCACUCGGUGAGGGCUUUGCCCGUGCAGGGUGUACUAUCUCCCAUCGCUGGACGGCAAAAAAGCCGGAUGAAGUCCCACCGUGAGCGGUGCGAUGUGCGCCCCACGAGGCUGGAACCGAGAACGUGAAGUGCUCGCUGCCCCUCCGAGCGACGUCGCCGUGGCCGCUACCGCUUGGUUGUCCGACGUUUCGCUCCACGAGCCUCUUCGGCGCUUCUUCAGAAUUGGAUCACUCGGGAACUGGAAGUCGGUUCCAAAGGAACUCGUCGUAGAUAGCCGUACAGCUGUGCCCAGCCAUUGUCCCAUCCCGUUGCUUUUGUUCAGUCUUCUGUACAUAAACAAUAUACAUAUAUAAAUACGUAUAGGUAUGUAUAUAUAUUUAACAAAAAUGUUUAUAUUUAUGGAAUGAAUUCUACAGGGUAUAACGCCUCUGCUGUUUCUUAGAUAAUUUAACCUUUCAAUGUUUAACGUGGGCUUCAAUACGUUAGUAGGGGGGGGGGGGCUGCUGGUGAAAUGUCAAAGCAUGCGGUUUGUUUUUUAUUCUUCUUCCGCCCGACGUCACUGCACUGAUUUAUUUACUCGUCGGUCCACGUUUUGAGCUUUUUCAUCCACAAACAUCAAUUGGCACCUUACUCCGAUUGUAAAUGUGGUGGCUUGGCUCUCCAACACACUCCGGUGUGCUGCACUAGCAACGAAUUGCCACGUUCUUGUUUACGUGACGAACCUUACUCAUUGGCUGUGUCGGGUGGUGGCGGGUUUAACGACACAUUUAUAUUUCUGCGAUUUAACCCGAAAAAAAACCCGUGUUAUGGAUGCACACCUUAUGGGGACCUCAUUUGCCAGUAAAAAUAUGAUAAUUGGUUCUUUACCCUUCUAUCUGGCAACAAAACUGACACCU